GCAGCACCCGCAGCGGCCGCGCUGGGGUGGGCCGCCGGGUCGGCCUCCGACUGCGACCCCGAUGCCGACAAAGCCGGAGUCCGCGGGCCGGAGGAGGAGCGCGAGGAGCUCCGAAGAGGCCGCGGGUCCGCCGGGGAUGGCCGCGCCCGAGCCCGGGGGCCGCGCGGGGGGAUCGGUAACUUUCAAAGAUGUGACUAUGGCCUUUACCCAGAAGGAAUGGGAGCAACUAGAUCCUGCUCAGAGGAGCCUGUACAAAGAUGUGAUGCUGGAGAACUAUAGCAACCUCACCUCGAUGGGGUAUCAAGCUGCCAAACCAGACAUGAUCUCUAAGUUGGAAAAAGGAGAAGAGCCAUGUUUGGGAAAGAGGAAAAGACCCAGACAAGGUGGUCCGAGUGAAAUAGCAAGACCCAAACAAAUAGGAGCCAAUAGAAAAAUGGUUCAACAAGAUGAUGACCAGCUAGAGAGUCACCAGGAAUCUCAAAAAAAACUCCUUAAGGAAGUUGCAUUCAAGAAAAAAUCUCAGACUAAGAAGAAAGGCCAUGAAUAUAGUUCAUUGGGGGGAAAAAAUGUGAGUACAACACAAGUUUCUUUCAAAAAAAAGAUUCUUAAAUUCAAUUCACAGGGAAAGAGUUUGAAACAGAAUGUAGACUCUUCAAAAAAGAAACCUGAUGUAGCUAAAGAGCACAGAAAAUCAUCUAGCAGUAGCUUAUCUGAAACAAAGAAAGACAAAAAUCAAACUGGUAAGAAACAGAAAUUAGCCAACGAUAGCUCAUCUAAUAGGUGUGACAAAACUCAAACUGACAAGAAACAUGAAAAAUUAGUUCGUCAUGGAUCAUCCCAUACUAAAUGGAACAAAAUUAAAACUGGAGAGAAACAUGAAAAAUUAUCCAGCCAUAGCUCAUCUCCUCGUAAGUGUGACACAACUCAAGCUAAAGUGAAACCAUAUGAAUGUAAUCAGUGUGGGAAAAUUCUCAGCCAUAAACAAGGACUUAUAGACCAUCAGAGAAUUCAUACCGGGGAAAAACCAUAUGAAUGUAAUGAAUGUGGGAUAGCCUUUAGCCAAAAGUCACACCUUAUUGUACAUCAGAGAACUCACACGGGAGAAAAACCAUAUGAAUGUAAUCAGUGUGGCAAAGCCCAUGGUCAUAAGCAUGCCCUCACUGACCAUCUAAGAGUUCAUACUGGGGAAAAGCCUUACAAAUGUACUGAAUGUGGGAAAACCUUUAGACACAGCUCAAAUCUUAUUCAACAUGUAAGAUCUCAUACCGGCGAAAAGCCCUAUGAAUGUAAGGAAUGUGGAAAAUCCUUUAGGUAUAACUCAUCUCUUACUGAACAUAUAAGAACUCAUACAGGUGAGAUACCAUAUGAAUGUAAUGAAUGUGGAAGAGCCUUUAAGUAUAGCUCAUCACUUACUAAACACAUGAGAAUUCAUACAGGUGAGAAACCCUUUGAAUGUAAUGAAUGUGGGAAAGCUUUCAACAAGAAGUCACACCUAAGUAUACAUCAAAGAACUCAUACUAAGGAGAAACCCUACAAAUGUGAUGAAUGUGGAAAAGCCUUUGGACAUAGCUCAUCUCUUACUUACCACAUGAGAACACAUACCGGUGAAAGUCCCUUUGAAUGUAAACAAUGUGGGAAGGCCUUCAAACAAAUUGAAGGCCUUACUCAACACCAGAGAGUUCAUACUGGAGAGAAACCCUAUGACUGUAAUGAAUGUGGGAAAGCUUUUAGUCAAAAGGCACACCUCAUUGUACAUCAGAGAACUCAUACUGGGGAGAAGCCCUAUGAAUGUAAUGAAUGUGGGAAAGCCUUCAAUGCAAAGUCACAACUUGUUAUACAUCAGAGAUCCCACACUGGAGAGAAACCCUAUGAAUGUAAUGAAUGUGGGAAAGCCUUCAAACAAAACUCAUCCCUUACCAAACAUGUGAAAACUCACUCAGAAGAGAAAUCUCAUGAGUAAAAUCUCAUGUGGGAAGUCUUUUAACUGAACUGAAGGGUUUAUUUAACCUUAGAAGUAUUCUGAGUUUAAAUGAUGUUAGGAAGCCUUUAACAAGAAGUCACACCUCAUUAUACAUGAGAGAAUUUGCAAAUGAAUCUUUACAUAGAAGCUAUCGAGAGUUUAAACUCGAUACUAAACCUUUUAUAGAAAAUAUUGUUUUAAAAACAAUUAUUGUAAAUGACCUAUAUGUUCAGAUUAAAAUAUAGUUUUUAGAAUUGUUAAUAUGUUGAAUAAGCAGAACACUAGAGAAACCAAUUACAUACGCUGAAAAUUUCUGAAUUGCUUGAGUGUUAUGUACUUAAACACUACAUAUAAAAAUUUAAUUUGCAUAUCUGUUUAUUGCCAUGUAUAAAUGUUUGUGGCCAUUGAUAUAAGGCUCAUCUUUGAUAUUAUCUAUCACCCAGCUCUUACUGUCUUUGUUACCCUCUGCAUCAGCAGAAAACUUUAUAAAAAGGUUGUAAUUAUUUAUUUUUAAAAUGUCAACACCAAAUUAAGAGAAAAUGAAAGAAAGCAGCUGAGAAUACACAGGUGCUGGUAGAAAAUAAUGUUCAAGAUAUAUUGUUAAGUGAAAAUAGCAGGUUGUUGAACUGUGCAUUUAAUAUGUUCCCACUUGUGUACCAAAGGGUGUGUGUGCCUGUCUCUGUAUAUAUCUACAUACACGUUUGUAUCUGAAUAGACUUGGUUUGAAAAAUACAGAUGAAACUUAAUAGUGGUUGCCACUGGGCACAAGAGUAUAGGAAUGGCAGAGCCUGGGCUGAGAGGGAGAUCUCCUUUUUAUUGCAUACUGUUUGAACUUUUUCAUCAUGUAUAUGUAUCAUUACCACAAUUAAAAUCCUUUUCAUAUGUGUAAAUCAACAUGAAUUAAAAUUUUCACUGAGCCCACUCCAUUAUGAUAUUUGACAAAAUAAAAGUUUCUGUGCCUAUUUGUGAAUGAUGAUGAGUCUAAGAAUAUGUCAUUAAACUUGAUAUUGAAUUCACAAAGACUUUUCCUA